AUGAAGUGGUUGGAUGAAAUGGAAACUGUGAUUGAUAUCAGUGGGUGUGCUAAGGAGGACGUCGUGAAGUUUGUGUCUCAGUCCUUCAAGGGCGACACCCUAACAUGGUGGGAAGCCUUGGUGCAAUCCACUGGAAAGGUUCCUCUAUAUAACCUUUCCUGGAAUCAAUUUGUUGAACUUGUGAAGGACACCUACUGUCCUCAGCAUGAAGUGGAAAGAAUAGAGAUUGACUUCCUCACUCUGGUGAUGAAGGAUUUGGAUUGCAGGUCUUAUGUGACCAGUUUCAACUCAAUGUCGAGACUUGUGCCGUAUUUGGUCACCCCAGAACCCAAACGCAUUGCACGUUUUAUCGAUCUAUCUUUGUUACUUACUCUUGAUGCUGUAAGGAGUAGGGCAAAGAAAACCACCGAUGAAGGGAAAAGAAAGAGGGAGGAAGACCAGUCCCAUCAUUCGCACAAAAAGAAGAAAGGGAACUCUGGUUCCAAGAAAGGGCAGUCAGGUGACAAGCCCAGAUGUAAGACGUGUGAAAAGAGGCACUUUAGAAAGUGCAACCAGGAUCCACAAGCUAAAUCUUGUGGAAUUUGCAAGAAGAAAGGGCAAAAGACUGUUGAGUGCCGAAACAUGAAGGAUGGAACCUGUUAUGGUUGCAAUGAAAAAGGGCAUAUCAAGACUAAUUGCCCUAAAAACGCCAAAAAGCCUGAUGAGGCAAAGAAAACCAAUGCAAGGGUCUUUCAGAUGAACGCUAGGGGAGGCGGUGAAUGA